AUGCCAGGAAGAUUCCCUCGCAGAAGCAGCAGGGAAGACGCUGACCGCCACCGACGUCGACCGGCACCCCGACGGCCUGUCUCUCAGCUGUCAGCAAGCAGUGGUUAUGACGAUGGACACAGCAGCAACUAUGAUGAUAAGUACGACAUUCAUCCUUGGGAUAGAGUGCUCAUCUCGCUGUUCCCGGCGUUGCUGGCAUGGGUGGCCAAUGGCCAUGGUUUGAUAUGUGCCGACCUAUGGCUCUUUCGGCCGCCCUUCGCGACAAACUCCCAGGUCAAUCACCCCUCGACGCGCCCCGAGGCUGAAACAGAGGCUGGGCUUGUGGGCACUGUCGUCCUCCCAAUCCUCCCCGGCCCUGUCCGUCGAUUCCACUUCGACGUGUCAGUCAUGACGCUUUCGCCAACGGUAUAUACCCUCGGUGCCAGGUACUCGGAACUCAGCUGGCCAGUACUUGCAUCUCAGGGGUUCACUAUGAAUGAGUUGCAUCAUAACCAUGAGCAUGACGCGACUUGGUGGCAUUUGGAGCACGACCAGACCCUCCCUGCAGGCCAACAACACCAACGCAAAGAGGCCAUGAGGGUGAUCCGCCACCGAGACCUCCCCGGCGUGGAUAUCCUAUGGACAGGACACAACGAGGCCGUUAGUCCUUAUGCGUUCGUUCACCUGACGGCGACUGCCAUGGUCGAUCUCAACAUUUGGAGUAGAGGAGUCGAGAUGGGAGUUGUGGGACGAUGUGCCGAUGUCGAUAUAAGCACGCCCGAUGUGUAUCACAUUACCGUGCGUGACAAUCCCUUGGAUGUCCCCGGUGCUGGCCCAGAUGCUGCUACACUCGGAUCUAGGAUUACUGUUGGCUGGAUACACCCAAGCAGCGAGGACAGUGGCAGCAACGCCGAUGAUGGAAUAUUCGAGAGCAUCGUCCAGGGGGGCUUGGGAACAGACAAUUGA